AUGUCGGUUCAACCAUAUUCCAUUUUCUCCACCAUCAACACAACAAAGGCCAUUGACGCACCAGUAUCAACUGUCUGGCCUGUCCUUCGUGCCAUGGAUGAGUGGAACACGUUUUCGGAAGUGUUUGACAUUGCGUUCAAAAAGGGUGACCGAGUCGUCGAAGUAGGGCAAAAGAUUAUCAUCAUGUCACCGCAGCUUCCCGUCAACACAGUGGAACAAUACGACGAAAUCAUUGAAGAGUCCAGAAUCUGUUGGACGCUGCGAGGAUUCCAAUUGCUCGGUUUGGGCAGUCCCCCCGUGCUGUCGCCACCCAUCAUUUUGAGAACGCAGCGGUGCAUCGAGCUGUUUGACGAUGGCAGUGGCGGGACCAUUUUGCACAAUUGGAUCUCCUAUGCCGGGUUGGGGUGGCCUUUUAUCUGUCUUAUCUUUGGAAUGUUGAACAAAAGUGUAUUCAACGAAUUCAACUCGGAGUUGGCGGCGCAGUUCUAG